AUGGAAAAACUUUUUUCUUUCUUACACUUCUUUCUUUCUUCCUUUCUUUCUUCAGCUUUUUUCUUAUGCUUUCUUCUUUCUUUACCGCCCUUUCUUUCUUCCGUUUUCUUUCUCAUUCUUUUUUCUUUCUCUCUCUCUUUUUUCCUACUUUCUUUCUUUCUUUCUUUCUUUCUUUCUUUCUUUCUUUCUUCAGCUUUCUUUCUCAGUUUUCUUUUUUUCUCUCUUUCUUUCUUUCUCUCUUUCUUUUUAGGCGUUCUUUCUUUCUUUCUUUCUUUCUUUCUUUCUUUCUUUCUUUCUUUUUUUUCUUUAUCCAGCUUUCUUUCUCACUCUUUUUUCUUUCUUUUUCUUUCUUUCUUUUUCUUUCUUUCUUUUUAUAUUUUUCUACUUUAUCAUAUUCUCAUUUUCUCUCCAGUUUUUGUCUUUCUUUUUUUCUCUCUCUCUCUUUCUUUCAUUCCUUCUUUCUUUCAUGCUCUCUUUCUUUCUUCAGCUUUCUGUAUCUUUCUCUCUUUUUCUUUCUUUCUUUCUUUCUUACUUUUUCUUUCUUUCUUACUUUUUCUUUCUUUCUUUCUUUCUUUCUUUCUUUCUUUCUUUCUUUCUUUCUGCCCCCCUCUAUUUCUUCUCCCUUUUUUCUCUGUCCAUCUCACUUUUUCUUUUAUCAAAGCCCCUCUAUCUAUCUAUCUAUCUAUCUAUCUAUCUAUCUAUCUAUCUAUCUCAGUCUCUUCCCUAUCUAUCUAUCUAUCUAUCUAUCUAUCUAUCUAUCUAUCUAUCUAUCUAUCUAUCUAUCUAUUUCAGUCUCUUCCCUAUCUAUCUAUCUAUCUAUCUAUCUAUCUAUUUCAGUCUCUUCCCUAUCUAUCUAUCUAUCUAUCUAUCUAUCUAUCUAUCUAUCUAUCUAUGUUUGCAUACGAGGACAAUAGUCCGAAUAAUGUAAAUAGUGUAAGAGAGAUUUUUUUACUGUCUCUUUUUUUUCUCUGUGUCACUUUCUGCCUUUCUCUCUAUGAUUUUCUUUCUUUCUCUCUCUCUCUCUUUCUUUCUUUCUCUCUCUCUCUUUCUUUCUUUCUUUCUCUCUCUCUUCUUUGUUUCUAA